AUGACUGUCGCCACCUGCAACCCCUCUGAAGAGGCGGCCGCACACCUGGGGGACCACGACCCGGAGGCCGACGACGAGUGUUGCGAGCGGGUGGUCAUCAACAUUGCAGGGCUGCGCUUUGAGACUCAACUCAAAACCCUCUCCCAGUUCCCCGAGACUCUGCUGGGGAACCCCAAGAAGAGGAUGCGGUACUUUGACGCGCUGAGGAACGAGUACUUUUUCGACAGGAACAGAACGAGCUUUGACGCCAUAUUGUAUUAUUACCAAUCAGGGGGCCGGCUAAGAAGGCCGGUCGACGUCACCCUUGAUAUUUUCUCAGAGGAGAUUCGGUUCUACGAGCUCGGCAACGAGGCCAUCGAGAUAUUCAGAGAAGACGAGGGUUUCGUCAAGGAGGAGGAGCGGCCUCUUCCAGAAAAUGAGUUCCAGAGACAGGUGUGGCUGCUGUUUGAGUACCCAGAGAGCUCAGGUCCCGCUAGGAUUAUUGCCAUAAUCUCUGUCAUGGUCAUCCUGAUAUCUAUUGUCAGUUUCUGCUUGGAGACCCUCCCCAUUUUCGACAAUGACGGCGAUAUGAUCAUGUCUCAAGUCUAUUCACCUGAGACCAACACCACCACCAUCACCUACACAUCCGCCUACUUCACUGACCCCUUCUUCAUCCUGGAGACUCUGUGCAUCAUAUGGUUCUCCUUUGAGUUUCUGGUGCGCUUCUUCGCCUGCCCCAGCAAAGCGGGCUUUUUUGGCAACAUAAUGAACAUCAUUGAUAUUGUCGCCAUCAUCCCUUACUUCAUCACUCUCGGCACAGAGCUCGCGGAAAAGCCAGACGACGACGACCUGGCGGGCCAGCAAGGCAUGUCUUUAGCCAUUCUCAGGGUCAUCCGCUUGGUGCGAGUGUUCCGAAUUUUCAAGCUCUCCCGUCAUUCCAAGGGUCUUCAGAUUUUGGGUCAGACCCUGAAAGCCAGCAUGCGAGAGCUGGGCCUGCUCAUUUUCUUCCUCUUCAUCGGGGUCAUCCUGUUCUCGAGCGCCGUCUUCUUCGCCGAAGCGGACGAGCCCGAGUCGCAGUUCGAAAGCAUCCCGGACGCGUUCUGGUGGGCGGUGGUGUCCAUGACGACAGUCGGCUACGGCGACAUGGUCCCGACGACGAUCGGCGGCAAGAUCGUGGGCUCCCUCUGCGCCAUCGCGGGCGUGCUGACCAUCGCCUUGCCCGUGCCCGUCAUCGUGUCCAACUUCAACUACUUCUAUCACCGCGAGACCGAAGGCGAAGAGCAGGCGCAGUACCUGCAGCUCGACGUGCCCAAAGCCGACUCGGCCGAGGAGCUGAAGAAGAGCCGGAGCGGCUCCUCCAUCAGUAAAUCGGACUAUAUGGAGAUCGAGGAGGCGGUGAACAAUAGCCGCGAGGACGUCCAGGAGGAGAACAUUAAGCCGGCCAACUGCACACUGGCCAACACAAACUAUGUAAACAUCACUAAAAUGCUCACAGACGUGUAG